AUGCCUGCACCCAAGAAAUUCCUGGUGGCGUCCACCUCACUGCCCUUGGCACUCGACUGGGGCUGGAACCUGAGCUUGUAUGUGGGGAUACUCCUUGGACUCCUGACCCUCAUGCUGCUGCUUCUCUGGAUGCUCCUCAAGCAGCUGAGGAACUCAGUGGGAAAAUCCAUGCUGCAGCCUGUCCGCUCUUUCAGACAGCCUCAUGCUUUAAAUGUGUGUAACAUUUGUGAUGCUUUCCUCCCACAGGCGUACAGAGGCAGCGUUAGACCUUUUGUCAACUUCAACGCCAAACAUGAUGCUGAGAUCCUUCAUAAAGCCAUGAAAGGGAUCGGUACGGAUGAAGACGCGAUCCUCAUGCUUCUGGCAGCCCGCAGCAACGAUCAGCGCCAACAAAUUAAGGCAGCAUACAAAAAGGCCUACGGAAAGGACUUGGUCAGUGCAUUGAAAUCGGAGCUUGGUGGGCUGUUCGAGAGUCUGAUUGUGGCCUUGAUGACUCCACCUAUCUUAUAUGAUGCUUCCCAACUGCACAAGGCUCUCAAGGGCGCCGGCACUGAUGACGAUGUGCUGAUUGAGAUCCUGGCCUCCAGGACCGGCGAAGAGAUUAAAGAUAUCAUCAAAGUAUACAAGAAAGAGUUCAGCGCCAAGCUGGAGAAAGAUAUCUGCAGUGACACCUCAGGGCACUAUCAGAAACUACUGGUGAUCCUUCUGCAGGGGAGCAGGGAGGAAGGAGUGGAUGAGGGAAAGAUCGAAAAAGAUGCAAAGGACUUGUACGCUGCAGGUGAGGGCAAGUUUGGUACAGAUGAGGAAAAAAUCAUCCAAAUCAUCGGCAACAGGAGCACAGAACACCUAAGAAAAGUUUUUGAUGCCUACAAGAAGCACUCUGGCUCCAACAUUGAGGACAGCAUUGAAGGGGAGACCACUGGGAAUUUGGAGAACUUACUGCUAGCUGUGGUGAAAUGUGCCAGGAGUGUUCCAGAUUUUUUUGCUGAACGCCUGUAUACAUCUAUGAGGCGCGCUGGAACUGAUGACAGCACUCUAAUGAGGAUAAUGGUGUCGAGGAGCGAGGUGGACAUGUUGGACAUCAGAGCAAGCUUCAAAAAGAAGUAUGGAGCAUCUCUGUACACCACCAUCCAGGAGGACACGACUGGAGAUUACCAGAAAGCUUUGCUCUACCUCUGUGGUGGGAAUGAUUAAUGCUGUUUUAUGCUGUGUUUAGCAGCACUGAAUGAUCAGCCACCAUGUUGCUGCAAGACAAGGCUACACAUGAGAUGAGGUUAUUGAUCCAGUGUUGUUGAUUCUCUCUGACUUCAGUUUGCUAUUGAUUGAAUUAGUGUGAAUUACCCACUUGUCAUUUUGACUUAUGAUUAUAUCUUGUUCAUGAACAGCAGUCAGUGUGCAUCCUCUCAUGUGUUAUUUAGUUACUAUUUAAUAUAUGGCCCACUUUAAAGAGAAAACAGCUCCACACAAUAAUGAGUACAGGUGCAGUUUUCCUUUAAGAUAAUUCUUUUUCAUUGUAGGUAAUUAUGCUUCAAAUAAUUUAAUAUUUUCGCAGUUGUUUUUAGUGCUCACAGCAUGUGUUAAGUGCAACUUACAAAAUACAAUACUGCUGCUAAAUUAUUAAACCCUACAUGCUGACCGCAGUCCCUCGCUCUCAUUAAUUACAAAUGAACUGCUGAUCCGGACUUGAACUGCAGUGUGGCCAUGAAUGAUGAAUAAGUAAUGGUACACCAUUAGACAUUUGUUGACUUACAGAAAGACAUCUACUAUGUCCAUGUCUUUCUGCCUGAAACAAAUUCUGUCAUUAGAUCAAUAGAUGGGAAAUCAUUUUGCUUUGCUGGAGUUGUACCACAAGGUGGCAGCAAAGUCUGAACUGAGCGGCGUUUCUCCCCAUUGUUUUCAUUAACAGUGAUUUAGGAAACUAUAAUACAGCUGAAGUAAAUGCUACUUUAUAGCAGUGAAAUAUUUUACCCUGAAAAUCAUUUAUCUGAAUCUCUCUUUUAAUCUUCUAAAAACUUUCCAUUCCAAUUUUGUUCCACACUGUGUGACUAAAGUAAUGUAUUUUCUUCUGUCUUUCUAUCUUGUGAAUAAUUUUAUGUCUGUGUGAUUCCACCCAUUAAGAAAUAUUUUAUCACUGGAACCUCCUGAUCUGAGAUAUAUAAUUUUAAAUAAAGUUCUGU